UAUCGCUCGGAAGUUUGUCGCGCGUUUCAGCUGUUUGUUUUUCUUCUCACUAGAUGCUGGCUGGCAGGCAGGCUGGCUGGUUCGCUCGUUGGCUGCAUGUGAAUUCUUGCCAUUGUUUUACUGCCCUCAGUUCAAUGAAGUCGCCACGUCGGCACAACAAUAUAAAUUAACUUGAAGGAAAUUUUGUGCGAUUUGAGGCCAGCCUCGAAUGCAGCAGAAACGCCAGAAACGCCAGCAACAGCAGCCACUUGUCGUCCUCUUGAAUAAACAAUAAUAAAAUAAAAGCAAAUAGACAGAAGUACACACAUAAUACUUAAAAAGCGACGCUUUGGCUGGCAGCCAAAAAGAAUAUAUAUAAGCGAGAAUGUCGGUCCAUGUUAACUCAACUACCACAGGAUUGAAAAGUCGCGCGGACGUGCAGCCAACGAUGGUGGCAGCAACGAUGUGAAACUCAAACGUUUUGCAUUAUUUAGGACGGACAACGCUAGCAGCACUUUUCAAAAAAGUGGGUCUGUGUGUCGACCUGUUGCUGUAAUAGGAAACCGUAAUAGAUAUAACAACAACAAAGACAACAACAACAACAACAAAAGACGACAUGGCUGUCAACAUACUGGACUACGACCAUUUUGCCAUCAGUGCCAUCGUAGUUGGCAGCAUGCAGCUGUUCUUCUUUCUAAUUAACUCGAUACUCCAUAUGGACAAGCUGACGGACUUUGCUGGCGGCGUUAACUUCAUGAUUAUAUCCCUGCUCACAUUCUUUUUGGGCCAAAUUGAUAGGCCGUCGAAGGCCUACGACAGUCGACAGCUGAUGGUGACGCUAUUCGUAUGCCUCUGGGGGGCACGGCUUUCAGGAUAUUUAUUCUAUCGCAUCAUCAAAUUGGGUCGCGACAAGCAGUUCGAGGAUACGCGUCGGAACAUAAUACGUUAUGCAGUAUUCUGGACGUUUCAGGCUAUUUGGGUGUACAUCGUCUCGCUGCCCGUCAUUAUCAUCAACUCGCCCCGUCACUCACAGCCCCGUGCGCCCAAAACUAUGACCACACUGGACUCAACGGGCACGGGCAUGUUCAUUGUGGGGCUUUUAGCCGAAACUUAUGCGGACCUGCAAAAGUUUUCGUUUCGCCAGGAUCCAGCCAAUCAGGGCAAAUUCUGCAACGAUGGACUGUGGAGACUUUCACGGCAUCCGAACUACUUUGGCGAGGUAGUCAUCUGGUGGGGCAUAUUUGCCAUUUCCCUCAAUGUCAUAAGCGGGCACGAGUGGGUGGCCAUUGCCUCACCAAUCUUUACGACGCUCAUUAUAUUGUUUCUGUCGGGCAUUCCAUUGCGCGAACGUUCCGCUGAUGAAAAGUACAAGGAUCAACUGGAGUAUCGCAAGUAUAAGGCAUCCACUUCUCCGCUCAUACCUGUGCCGCCGGCGGUCUAUGUGGAAGUGCCCAGCGCCCUGAAAUUUAUACUUUGUUGCGAAUUCCCCAUUUACGACACGAUGCGGAUACAGGAACUCAGUCCCUAUUCGCUCUCCAUUGAGCGCUCCCACUCGCACAUAUAGCAAUCAGUGGCCCACUCCAGCAGCGCUGGGGCUGGCGUGGGUCAGUUACACACCUAUUCUGUGGGUCACUCGAUGCACAAGCAUGGCGAGCAUCGGGGUCACUGCUAUGGGGCCAAUGGAGGGGAUGCGGAAAGUCAUCAUAACUGCGGUGGCAGCUGCCGCAAUGUGCACGUUAAGUCUAAUCCAUAUCAGUGUGAGGCUGGAUAUGGUGGCUAUACGUUGAGGCACACAGAUGAUGAUGACACCGACGAUGGCAUUAUCUAUAUAGCGGGUCCAACCUGUUCGAAAGCUGCCAAAACAAAGACGCACUAUUUCCAUGGUGCAGCACCGCUAGCCGUUGAACUCGAGGUGGAUGAGGAUCUAGAUGAAGAGUUGCUUCAGAAACCGCAUCUGCCGAAGUGCACCUAUUUGGCUGAGGAGGAGAUGGCCUCGGACUAUGAUGAGGAUAUACCGCCCAUUGAUCUUAGCAAGGUCAAUAGUAUGGAGAGCUUUGUCGCGCGCGUACAAACGGAAAAGUCCGUAAAUGCUGAAGGAAUGCCUGUGACAGUGACGACCAUUUUGUGAUGCUGCUAAUAAGCUACCACUGAGCUUUGUUGUUGCCCUCUCCUGGGAUCCUACAAGGAUUCGGGGCACAUUUGUGACGCCGUUUUUAUAACUAGUCCUAAUAAUGCAGUUCGUGUACACAUACUAAUGUAUUCAGUACAAAAAAGGACGGCAAAUUGCUUUUUACACUCAUAUAUAGCUUUUGUAGCCAUGAGUUGGCCCCUCUGGUCCACGGACAGAGUUGAAACUCUGGAGGAGUAUGCGAGGCAUAGUCAGGUGCCAAAUAAACGUUUAUAAAACACAGGAAAAAUGCUUUCUGCUAACUGCUCAAAUAACUAACGUGCCUCUUAAUGUACUCCACUCGGAUUGUUGCACACUUUCAAUUUAUGUACCUAACUACCUAAUUACCUACGAGUCUACUUAUUUCCUUCUUGAUCUUUAACCUAAUACGAGUAUACAAGUAUGUAUGUAUGUAUCUUUUAUGCCUAUUGCCUAUGCCAAGCAAAUAAGAGCAAUAUCUAAAUUAGUUUAUUAUCUAAUAUCUUAAAUACUCGUAGUACACAAGCAUAUGAGAACUCACCCCACCAACGAUUAAUUCAAGAAAACGAAAGAGCAUAUUCAAGUCAUAUUUUAAAUAUUGAAACAUAUCCCAAGAUAACCCAAAAGUUCGAUUUAUGUGACA